AUGUCCAGAUCCGGUGUCGGUGUUUCAGAUGAAGCUCUUAAAGCUUUCAACGACUUGAAGCUUGUCAGUGAUGAUAAGACGAAGAUAGUCGUUGACAAGACAUCUUCAGAUGAGUCUUAUGAUGUUUUCCUUGAAGAGUUACCAGAGAAUGAUUGUAAGUACGCUGUCUAUGACUUUGAGUACGAAAUCGGCCCCAACGAAGGAAAGAGAAAUAAGAUUGUCUUUUUCCAGUGGUCUCCUGAUACUGCCUCAAUUAGAGCCAAGAUGGUCUAUGCUUCUUCCAAGGAUGCAUUGAGAAGAGCAUUGAAUGGUGUUUCUGCAGAUAUUCAAGGUACAGAUUUUUCCGAAGUUGCUUAUGAUAGUGUUUUGGACAGAGUCAGUAGAGGAGCUGGUUCUCAUUAG